AUGUCUCCUCAAACAAAUUCUUCCAAUACUUCCCUUGACUUUGAAAGCCCAUAUUAUCUUCACCCUUCCGAUAAUCCCGGGCACUCUCUUGUUAGUGUCGUUCUCAAUGGCAUUGAGAAUUAUAAUCCCUGGGUUCUUGGCAUGACCAUGGCUUUGUUGAUGAAUCUUGCUCAUACUGUACUCUAUGCCGAUUUCGCUGCUACAAUAUGGGCAGACCUCAAGUCUCGUUUUUCCACCAUUAAUGGACCACGAAUUUAUGAUCUUGAGCGACGUAUUGCCACUAUUCAACAGGAAGAAUUAUCAAUUGCUCAAUAUUACAAUCAACUUCGUUGUUUCUGGGAUGAAUUAAAUCUCAUUGAUUCUCCACCAAAUUGCACAUGCCAAGGAUGCAGUUGUGGUGCAAAGGAAAAAUACCUCCGUCAACAAAACAACAGGAAGUUGAUGCAAUUUUUGAUGGGACUCAAUGACACCUACAGUCAACCCCGAAGUCAACUUUUGUUAACCUCCAAUCUUCCCGAUUUGUCAGGUGCAUACUCCUUACUUUUACAAGAUGAAGCUCAACGCUCACACACUCAUCCUCCUGUAAGUACUGAUUGUGCUGCUCUUUAA